AAAUUAAGCUCAUUAUGAUGCUGUAAUAAUCUAAUCAUCCCAAAGAAAGUGAUGGCGAAACUCCAUUCUAAAAAGGAGAGUAAAUCUUAAAAAAAACAAAAGCUUUUCAAUAAAGGGCUAAUGAAAUAUUAAGUGUUAAUGCUUACAAAAUACAAUUCGUAAAAGGCAAAGAAUAAAUUCCCAAAUUUGUGAAUCCAUUUAAUUAGACUAUUCGCGUUUAAGUCUCUAGUUCAUUAAAUAAGGCUCAAUAAUUUUCUCCACAAUCUUACUAUGAUAUUGAACAAUGGGGAUAAAAUAGUUUGAAAUAUUAUUUAUAAUAUAGGAUUUACAAUCGGUUAAUUGGAGAAGGAAUUUGUGAAUGUGUACGAUGACGUUUCGGCCGUGGUAUAUUUCAAUAGCGUAGAGUGCCCAAAUGAGGAGAUGAUGAGUCCCAUACACCUUCUUGUCGACUAUUCAAACCUAUCUUAAAUUAAUAGUUUAUAGGAACAUUGUAAUUAGUUAAUACAUUAAAUGUAAUUUAAUCCAAAGACGAACAUGCUUUCAUUCAAAACUAAGGAAUUAAUUGCCAAAUCAACUUACUAGAAUAAACAAAAGAUCAAAGUCUAAGAUGUCUCAUAAAUGAGGGGCUAUGCUACUUGCAUUGAAAUAACACAAACCUGUGAGAAUCAAAUACUCGAAGAUGGCAACAUCUUUAAAGUCGGCCUUUAACCCCUGUUAACAGUUAGAAAAAUUUAUCACAAAUUUCAGAAUUUCUUUGAGAGAUACUCCAGUAAAAACAAUAUCGAUGACAUGAUUUUUGAGGCCCUGCAAUCUCUUUAGUCCAAAGUUCAAUUUUCAGGAAUUGAUGAAAGUGUCUCAGAACUAUUUAUGCACGUUCAAGACAGAAGCAUAAACAAAGCUGAAUAUUUGUAAAGAUUAGAAGAUGAAAAUCUGAUGAUGCAAUCUGUAAAUUUGUAAAUCAUAUAUAUAUUAGAAAUUAUACACAGCCUUGGAGAAGAAUUGUAUUCUAUUGUAAACGUAGAGGGAUGAAAAUCCUAUCGAACAUUUCUUGCUGGUAGCAGAUCAAAAAAAUACAUUCCUUUUUGGAAGAAUGGAUUUCUCAGAUAUCGCAUUUCAAUCCACUUAAGUCUCAAGAAAUCAUGGAACCAUACAGUUUAUGCCAGCUACUAACAAAUGGAUUAUCAUGGAUGGCUAGAAAUCUUUUGAGUAGAAGUGGAAAAACAGUACUUUUGGAGUGUGGUUGCAGAUGAACCCCAAGACGUUUUACUAUAUUGAUCCAGAACAAAUUAUAAAGGUGGGAUCAACGUGUAUUAAUAUGAUACCAAAUAAUGUGAAAAUGAAUGAUCAGGAUGUUGAUAAUUCAAUCCAACUGAAAGAAUUCAACAAUUUAAGAGUGAAAGAGAUCGAAGAUUUUACGAAAACAUUACUAGACCUAUGAAUAAUUAUGAGUUGAUAAUUAGAGAUUAUUGAAUUUAAGUUUGUAAGCUG